AUGGAAUUGAGUCGUCAAGUGCUCUCCACGGGGUGGAGCUUUCGGGAUCGCGAUGGCGAGGAGUGGAUGCCUGUAAAGGCGGUACCUUCGGUGGUACAACAGGAUCUCAUGAACAACAACAAGUUAGAUGAUCCAUUCAUUGGAUUUAACGAGUUGAAAGCGCGCUGGGUGAAUGAAAAAUCAUGGGUAUAUCGCAAUACCUUCAAACGUCCCCAAGUGCCCGAGGGAUGCUCAAUUGAUUUGGUUUUCGAUGGCCUCGACACUUUUGCCACUGUCAAAUUGGAUGGAAAUGUCAUUCUGCAGAGUGACAACAUGUUCCUCGGUCAUCGUGUCAAUGUGACCGAGGCAUUGGAGGCAGAAGGUGACCACGUGCUAGAGAUCGAGUUCGACUGUGCGCUUCAAAGGGCCCGCGAAAUUAAAGCCGAGCAUCCGGAUCACAUUUGGGUUGGGUUUAAUGGCGACACAUCACGGCUUGCUGUGCGCAAAGCUCAGUAUCACUGGGGCUGGGACUGGGGCCCCGUCUUGAUGACUGCGGGCAUCUGGCGACCCAUCGUCCUCGAGGUAUACACAGCUCGGGUGGUUGACUUAUGGGCUCAGACCCAGCUGGCUGCUGAUCAUCAGUCGGCCGGGAUCACCGCCGUCGCCAAAUUCGACAACGCCUCAGGUGGUGACUUUACCGCCCGGUUCAGCCUGAGCCUGAACGGCAACGAGAUUGCUGCUGAGGAGGUCCCCGUAUCGUCGGAGAAUCAGGCCAAGAUGACAGUGAAGGUGGACAAUCCCAAACUGUGGUGGCCCCACGGAUAUGGGGAGCAGACUCUGUACAAGAUCUCUGUCUCGCUACGCCCCCGCAAUACGCAGGUCGCAGAGAGCUCAAAAAACUUCGGCAUCCGAACGGCCGAGGUCAUUCAACAACCCGACAAGCAUGGAAAAUCAUUUUAUUUCCGCAUCAAUGGAAUGGACAUUUUCUGUGGUGGCUCCUGCUGGAUCCCCACAGACAGUCUCUUGACCAAUGUCUCGGCUGAUCGGUACCGAAAGUGGAUUCAGUUGAUGGUGGAAGGCCGGCAGAUUAUGAUCAGGGUAUGGGGUGGUGGUAUCUAUGAAGACGCCGCUUUCUACGAAGCCUGCGACGAACUGGGUGUGCUGGUCUGGCAAGACUUUAUGUUUGGAUGCGGAAAUUACCCCACAUGGCCCUCACUACUCGAGUCGAUCCGUGAAGAAGCCAUAUACAAUGUGCAGAGACUCCGACACCACCCUUCCAUUGUGAUCUGGGUUGGCAAUAAUGAAGACUAUCAAGUGCAGGAAUCGGAGGGGUUGACUUACAAUUAUGAAGACAAGGACCCCGAGAGCUGGCUCAAAACGAAUUUCCCUGCUCGAUACAUCUACGAAAAGCUGUUGCCCGAGGUGGUCGCUGAAAAUUCACCUAGCACUUUCUACCACCCUGGCAGCCCCUGGGGCGAUGGAAAGAAAUCCUCCGAUACUACAGUUGGUGACAUGCACCAAUGGAAUGUCUGGCAUGGUACCCAGGAGAAGUAUCAAAUUUUCGACACCCUCGGCGGAAGAUUCAACAGUGAAUUUGGCAUGGAAGCGUUCCCUCAUCUGUCCACUAUUGAAUACUUUGUCGAAGAUCCCAAAGAUUUGUUCCCUCAAUCUCAUGUGAUCGACUUCCACAACAAGGCAGACGGACAUGAGAGGCGGCUUGCCACUUACUUGGUGGAGAACCUGCGGACGGCGACUGACCUCGAGACAUACAUCUACCUCACACAAGUCGUUCAAGCUGAGACCAUGAUGUUCGGCUACAGAGGAUGGCGUCGACAAUGGGGUGACGAGCGACACUGUGGUGGAGCUCUCCUGUGGCAGCUGAACGAUUGUUGGCCCACCAUUUCCUGGGCGAUUGCCGAUUACUUUUUGAACCCCAAGCCCGCCUAUUACGCCGUCAAGCGCGUCCUGAACCCAAUCGCCGUGGGUGUUCGUCGCGAACACCACGACUGGAGUGUCGCUCAUGCCCAACCCCCUCGCACUAGCAAAUACGAGCUCUGGGUUUCAAGCAACAACCCCGAAGCGGUCCGCGGUAGCAUUGAGCUUCGCUUCCUGUCUGUCAACACAGGCCGCGACAUUCGAACCCCGAUCCUCCGCGAGGACAUCGUUCUCACGGCUAAUGGUACCACAAACAUCAUCACAGACGGCCUGCUCGACCAUAUUGCCGAACCUGAACCUCACGUCCUCGCUGCUCGCCUGUGGGUAGACCACAAAGUUGUCGCGCGAGACGUCGACUGGCCUCAACCAUUCAAGUAUCUCAAUCUUUCUGAUCGCGGUCUUGAGGUGCAACUAAAGCGCUCUUCUCCUGAAAAAGCCACAUUGAUUGUUAACUCGCGCAAGCCAGUGAAGUGUCUUGUAAUUGAAGAGCAGGAAGGAGUUAGGAUAAGCGAUAACGCCAUCGACAUUGUGCCGGGAGACGAACAAGUGAUUGAGGUGACCGGACUAGGUGAUAAGUCUUUGAAGUUCCGUUAUUUGGGCCAGGAAUGCGUGGAGCUGGUUCAAUGA